AGUUGUUUUGUGUCGUAAACCGACUGAUUAACCAAUGGUUAUCACUCACUUGCGUUUAUGGAUGCAUGCUGCCAUACUCAUCCUCGUGGAAGCCUCCUUUGGACGUUUUGCGCCACCGUGUGCAUCUCUGUCGACUGACCUCACAGAGGAGUACACCGAGGCCCCAAGACUAUUACCGGCCUCUUCGAUACCAACACAUUUCGACUGGCGUGAUGUUGACGGCGAAAACAUGGUCACAACGGACCGAAGCCACUCUAACCCUGGGUCAUGUGCUGCUUGCUGGGCUUUCGCUUUGACCCACACACUGUCCGAUAGGAUCCGUAUCCAGCGCAAGGCAGCCUUCCCCGAGGUUAAUCUGGCCGCCCAGCCAUUGUUGACUUGUGCCUAUAAGGCAGGCAAUGGUUGCCGUGGCGGACGAGUUCUCGAUGCGGUCCGCUAUAUCAAAGAACAUGGUAUCACUGAUGAAACCUGUUCACCUUAUCUAGGGAGAGGCCGAGAUUCUGGCGAGGUCUGUCGUGGAACGACUCUAUGCGUCAACUGUGAUGCAGAUGGCUCGUGUAGCAUUCCGAAAAACUAUGCUACCUUCUAUAUCGAUCAAUACGGUCUAGUGAAGGGGGAGGCUAACAUACAGUCGGAGGUGCUCACUCGUGGCCCUGUUGUUUGCCAUAUGCAUGCUGAUGAAACAUUUCGUGCUAAUUAUCAAUCUGGGCACACCUGGGACUUUGAUUAUUUAACCCAAGAUGCAGAGGUUAACCACGCUGUGGAAAUCGCUGGAUGGGGACAGGAAGCUGAUGGUACUCCAUACUGGGUCGCCCGGUUCUCUUAUGGUUCGGCGUGGGGUGAUCAUGGUUGGGCUAAGUUACAGCGCUCCCCGACUGGCCUCAUAGAGAACAGUGGAUGUGUCUGGGCGACGGUGAACCCGGCUGCUUGGAAAGACUGGUCACUGUACCCUGAUACUAAGUAUGUCCCUCCCGCUACGGCGCCGAUAGGAAAGCAAGAAUAUGUGGACUCCAUCAACACUGUAAACGGUCCUACUCCCAUAGCUGGAAAGGCGCAAGAGCAACAAGUCGUUAAGGACCCGAAACCACAGGACAUGGUACGCUAUCAAACUUUUGGAGAUGAUUAUUAUGCUGGCAGCUCCAACCGCGCUGGUGGCUACAAGGUCCCCCUCAUCGAGAAUAGAUGUCUUCGCUCCAGCGGUAUCCGUUGUCAUGAGUUGACUUACGACGCCCGUUCUGAGGACAAUGGAAAGUGUUAUCUAUGUGUUCCUCGAGUCGCCGGAAAACAAAUCUCGGAUGACGGGGAGAAGCUCCCAGAAUCUUGGGAUUGGCGUAAUGUGAACGGCAAGAACUACAUAACUUUCAACCGUAACCAGCAUAAUCCUGAAUACUGUGGUGGCUGUUGGGCGUUCGCUGUGACCUCUGCCUUUGCCGACCGCUUGUCCAUCGGAGCGGGGGCUCGCUGGCCGAAUAAAGCUAUUUCACCACAGCAGGUCAUCAAUUGUCGUGGUGGCGGAGACUGCUAUGGUGGUGAGAAGAUCGGAGUUUACGAUUUCUUCUUCGGUUUUGGAGCGGUGCAUGAUACCUGUCAUAAUUACGCUGCUAAGAACUAUAAAGAUUUCAGCGAGUGGUGCCCGGCCCAGGCUAGGUGCCUGGAAUGCGCUGAGGGCGGUAAAUGCCGUCCAACCCGACACUACCGAACCUGGUUCGCCACGGAUUAUGCGAGGCUAUUGAACGGCACUGAUCAGAUCAAGCGUGAGAUAUGGAAAAGAGGUCCUGUUAGUUGUGGUGUUGAUGCCACGAAGCAAAUGGACGAUUACACUGGUGGGGUGUUCUAUCAGAACAAGGCUGAACCAAAGAUCAAUCACGAGGUCGGUCUUGUCGGUUGGGGUCGCGAGGAAGGGACGAACGACGAAUACUGGAUCAUGCGUAACUCUUGGGGUACUUCUGGGGCGAAAACGGUUUCAUGCGGAUCAAGUUCGGCAACCUCAAAAUUGAUUCGGACUGCA